AUGGGUUAUGUUAAUGUUGGGUACAUUGACGAUUCACUACUAUUAGGUGAUACUGAACUCGAAUGCAAAAAUAAUGUAACAGAAACUGUUAAUAUGGUGUCAAGCCUUGGAUUUAUAGUACAUAAAGAUAAGUCAGUGUUUACUCCUAAAAAACGCAUCAAGUUUUUAGGUUUUUACAUUGACUCGGAAACAAUGAUAGUUACUUUACCAGUUGAAAAACAAGAUACUAUUGCUAAAGAAUGCAAACAAUUACAAAGUAAAAAUAAAUGUAAAAUAAGAGAAGUAGCUAGAGUUCUUGGGAUACUCAUAUCUAGUCUCCCUGCUGUGGAAUUUGGUAAACUCUAUUAUAGGAAAAUAGAGAGAGAGAAAAUUAAAGCAUUAAAAUUAGCUAUGGGAGAUUUUGAAUCUGAAAUGUUUGUAACAUCAGAAAUGAAACAAGACCUAAAGUGGUGGUCAGAUAAUAUUUAUACUCAAAAGAGGAAAUUUAAUAGAGGUAACCCACAGGUUAUAAUUCAAACAGACGCCUCAAAAUUAGGUUGGGGAGCAGUCUUGAAUGAACAAAAAAUUGGUAGCAGAUGGAGCAAUGAUGAAAAAGAUAAUCAGAUUAAUUGUUUAGAAUUAUUAGCUGUUUAUUAUGCUCUGAAAUCCUUCAAGAAUGAUUUGAAUACUGUUGAAAAUGUCAAAAUUCUUACAGACAAUACAACUGCUGUAAGCUAUAUAAACAGUAUGGGUGGUAUAAAGUCCAUUGAAUGCAAUAGAAUUGCUAGAAAAAUUUGGAUUUGGUGCAUUGAAUACCAAAUAUGGCUGAUUGCUACUCAUAUACCGGGGAAGUUAAAUACAAAAGCAGACUAUCAGUCAAGAAAUUUUAAUGAUCAGAUAGAAUGGCAACUGAAUAAAAACAAUUUUGAAAAACAUGAUAGGACGCUGUGUAAAGAAGAUUAUAAAAGACAAGGCAGACGUGCUGUUUGUGGGACCACUUUGGCCAACACAACCGUGGUUUGUUCAAGUAAUGAAACUGUUAAUAAACAAUCCAUAUGUUAUAAAAGCAAACAAAAAGCUAUUGACUCUACCAUACAAGGACAUAGUUCAUCCUUUAGAAAAGACAUUGAAUUUGAUGGUAUGUCGGCUAUCCGGAACCGAUUACAAAACAGAGGAAUUUCAGAGAAAACUUCCAAUAUUAUCAUGGCAUCAUGGAGAUCAGGAACUCAGAAACAAUAUAAAACAUAUAUCAAGAAAUGGUUUAUUUUCUGUCUUGAACGGAAAGAGGAUAAAUUUCACACGUCUGUAGAACUUGUGCUAGAAUUUCUGACUAAUUUGUUUGAAUGUGGAUUGAGUUAUUCCGCUUUGAAUAGUGCUAGGUCAGCACUAUCUGCGUUUGGUUUGACUUUCGAUAAUGUGCCUGUUGGAAAGCAUCCACUUGUGAUAAGAUUUCUCAAAGGAGUAUAUCAUUUGAGACCUACUGUACAUAAUGAUGUAAAUAUUUGGGAUGUUUCUAUUGUUUUGAGAUUGUUAAGACGUUUAUCACCAGUUGCUGAUAUAUCAGUGAAAGAUUUAACAUUAAAACUAGUUAUGUUAAUUGCAUUGACGAAUGCUACUAGAUCACAGAGUAUUCAUUUAUUAAAACUCAGCAAUAUGCAAAAACAGAAGGACUGUUUUCGUUUUAAGAUAUUUGAUUUGCUGAAACAAAGCAGACCUGGAUAUAAGAAUCCAGAAGUUAUUUUAAAAAGUUUUCCUCCAGACAGGAGAUUAUGUGUGUAUUUAGUGCUGAAGGAAUAUUUGAAACGUACUGUUGAUAUAAGAUCAGAAGAAGAUUCAUUAAUAUUAAGUUAUAUUAAACCGCACAAAAAAGUUAGUUGCUCAACUAUUUCUAUAUGGAUUAAGUCCGUUAUGUGCCGUGCAGGAAUUGACACAAGUAUAUUUAAAGCACACAGUACGCGAUCUGCAUCUACUUCGAAGGCAAAGCAUAAUAAUGUGCCUGUAACUGAUAUUUUAGCCAAAGCUGGUUGGUCAAGUUCAACGACUUUUGGAAAAUUUUAUGACAAAACAGUAACAACAAGUGAUGUUUUUGCAGAAAAAGUGUUACAAAUCUGA